AUGGUAGAAGACUCAAUGGAGGUAUUUAUGGAUGACUUCUCAGUUAUGGAUGAUACCUUCGAGACGUGCUUAGUACACUUAGGACAAGUUCUCCAAAGAUGUAUGGAGAAGAACUUGGUCCUCAACUGGGAAAAGUGUCACUUCAUGGUUAAAGAAGGAAUAGUACUGGGUCACAAGGUGUCUCAAAAGGGGUUGGAGGUUGAUAGAGCAAAGGUUGAAGUUAUUGAGGAAUUUCCACCACCAAUUUUGGUUAAGGGGGUUCGUAGCUUCUUAGGACAUAUCGGUUUCUACCGGAGGUUCAUCAAAGACUUCUCAAAGAUUGCGCAUCCUUUAUGCAAACUCUUAGAGAAAGAGGUGAAAUUCCAUUUUGAUGAUGCUUGUAUGAUAUCUUUCCGGUUCUUGAAGGAAAAAUUAGCAUCGACCCCAAUCAUUAUCAAUCCUGAUUGA